AAUCUCUCUUCGUCUAUAAAUAUGAACAAAUCAGUUCUCAAAUUCGGCAGUUUCUGAUAAUUUUUCAACCAAAUUCUGCAGUUCCAGCUGCGGAACUCUUCACGAAGAACAGAGCCUCUUUUUCUCGCCCAAUUCGUUUUCUUUCCCGAGAAAGUGAUGGAAAAUUCCAAAUUGUUGCAGAGUAAUCUAUCUCGAAAAGGGUCUCAGCGUGGCGGCGAUAUGAUGAUUGCUACCAGUUCCGCUCCUAUGGCGGAAAAAUCAGCGACGGCGGCGGCGGCGGAGGUGGCAUUGGUAGUUGGGUCUGCAAAAGACCAUCUGGGUGUUCAACAAUUUCAUCAUCAAAUCACUAUAACCACCGGCACCACGGCGGCGCCGGAUGAACAUGCUCUGUUUCGAAGAAACAGUUUCAGGAGGUCUUCUUCUUCCUGGUUUUUGGAUCCGAAGAAAGUUCUUCUCUUCUUUGCCACUGUGUCAUGUAUAGGAAGUAUGGUGCUGAUAUGCUUCACUCUGGCCAUCGGAAAACCCACCGCCGGCGAACUGGAGUUCCAUUAACGGCGAGGAAACCAAGAACUGCCAUGGCAACACGAUGAAAAAUGUUUGUACAAAGCGAUAGAAAUAACGAGAAAGACAAAAGGGCAGCUUCAAAGUAAAGAGGUACAUACAGCACUCAUAUGCGACAGAAGGAAGAAAGUGACUAACAAAAGGAAUCUUUCUCGAGCCCCUCGUAUCCUUCAACCGAUAACUAUAUUUCAGCUAAUCGAGCUUUUUCGUUUCUCCCAAAGGGUAUUAAAAAAAAGUUGAUAUGAACCAAACUAUCAACUUCGAACAAAAUGUGAAUAAAAAUG